AUGGCAGCACCACAAGGGGGUUACCCUCCCCAGGAAGGGUAUGGCCAACCCGCCUACGGUACCCCGGAACCCACACAGUCCCCCGUCCCUGCGCAAGAUGCACCUCAACCAGCAGCCGGUGGAAAGAAGAAGAGAACCUAUGCUGGCGAAGCCUUUGACUUUGGCUCCGGAGCCAAUGCCGCACUUGGUGGACAGCAGACGGCUGGGGGUGCUUACGGAGCUUAUCCCCAGCAGCCACAGGCCGCAGGAUACCAGCAACCCGUCUACGGUGCGGACCCCAGUCAGAUGCAGGCCGCAGCCCCAGCAUAUGGUGCGCCUGCUGUUCCCGAUGUCUCGCAGAUGACACAGCAGUUUGGCGCGAUGGGUAUGAGCGAACCGCACCACAUGCCACCCCCGCAACCCGUGGCCCAAGCCCCUAUGCGCCCUCAAGUCCAGCUCAACCAGCUCUACCCGACAGACCUUCGGUCUCAGCCUUUCAACGUUGCUGAACUGGACUACCCUCCCCCACCAAUCAUCCUGCCUCCGGGAACCAGUGUUUACCCGUCUCCCGAGGCUAACUGCCCUACGAAAUAUAUGCGCUCUACACUGAACGCAGUGCCAACAACUAAUUCACUCCUGAAGAAAUCCAAGUUGCCUUUCGCUCUCGUCAUCCAACCCUAUGCUUCUCUUCACGACGCCGAGGACCCUAUUCCUGUGAUUCCCGACCAAGUGAUCUCACGAUGCCGCCGCUGCCGUUCUUACAUCAACCCCUUCGUUACGUUCCUCGACCAUGGUCACCGCUGGCGCUGUAACAUGUGUAACCUGACAAACGAUGUGCCCCAGGCCUUUGAUUGGGAUUCUACACUGCAGAAGCCUGCUGAUCGUGCGCUGCGCGCCGACCUCAACCACAGCAUGGUCGAAUUCGUUGCGCCGCAAGAGUAUAUGGUUCGCCCACCGCAGCCUCUCGUCUAUCUUUUCCUGAUCGAUGUGAGCUAUUCAGCUGUGACAAAUGGUCUUUUGGCCACCACCGCACGCACUAUUAAGGAGAGUCUCGACCGCAUUCCCAACGCUGACCGACGGACACGCCUUGGCUUCAUUGCAGUGGACUCAAGCUUGCACUACUUCAGCAUCCCCCGAGACAACUCAGAGACUUCAGACCCCCGCAUGCUGGUUGUCAGUGACUUGGAUGAGCCUUUCCUCCCUAUCCCCGGCGAUCUCCUGGUGACACUGAGUGAGUGUCGGGAAAACAUCGACGUUUUCCUUGAUAAGCUGCAGGAAAUGUUCCAGAACACCCAGAACAACAGCUGCGCCAUGGGUUCGGCCUUGCGCGCCGGUUACAAGUUGAUCUCUCCCGUUGGAGGAAAGAUGACUGUUUUGAGUGCGUCAUUGCCUAACAUUGGCCAUGGAGCACUCACCAUGAGAGAAGAUAAGAAGGUGCUUGGCACUAGCAAAGAGUCCGGUCUGCUUCAGACAGGAAACUCCUUCUACAAGAGCUUUGCAGUCGAAUGUUCCAAGGCACAAGUUUCCGUGGACAUGUUCCUCUUCUCGUCCCAAUACCAGGAUGUGGCGUCUCUAAGCAACUUGCCUCGCUACACCGGUGGUCAAACCUACUUCUACCCUGGCUGGAGCGGUGCACGGACAGAGGAUGCUAUGAAGUUCUACCGUGAAUUCUCUGAUUACCUGUCUUCAGAGAUCGGCUUGGAGGCUGUUCUCCGUGUGCGUGCCACUACCGGUCUACGCAUGAGCACUUUCUACGGUAACUUCUUUAACCGCAGCUCAGAUCUCUGUGCCUUCCCGGCCUUCCCUCGUGACCAGGCCUACGUCGUCGAAGUGGCCAUUGACGAGACUGUCACCAAGCCUGUCGUUUGCAUGCAGGCCGCUGUGCUCCACACGACCUGCAACGGUGAACGUCGUAUCCGUGUUCUGACCCUUGCCCUGCCCACUACCACCACUUUAGCGGACAUCUACGCCUCGGCCGAUCAACAGGCCAUCGCUACCUUCUUCAGUCACAAGGCUGUCGAGCGCACAUUGAGCAGUGGCCUCGAGCCCGCUCGUGAAGCUCUCCAAGCUAAGAUGGUGGAGCUCUUGCAGACCUACCGCAAGGAGCUCGCCGGUGGCAGCGUCAGCGGUGGUGGCCUCCAGUUCCCUGCCAACUUGCGAGCCUUGCCUGUCCUGUUCCUUGCCAUGAUGAAGAACCUUGGUCUUCGCAAGUCCGCUCAGAUCCCCACCGACAUGCGUUCCGCCGCACUCUGUCUCUUGUCGACGUUGCCUUUGCCGCUCCUCAUUCAAUACAUAUACCCUCGGAUGUACUCUCUCCAUGACAUGCCUGACACCGCCGGUGUGCCCGACGAGCAGACCGGGCAGAUCGUCCUCCCCCCUGCCGUCAAUCUGUCUUCCGGCCGCAUUGUCCCCUAUGGUCUCUAUCUCAUCGACGAUGGCCAGACCCAGUUCCUCUGGGUUGGUCGCGAUGCCGUUCCCCAGCUCAUCGAGGACGUCUUCGGUGUGCCCGAUAAGACGCAGGUUAUGGUGGGCAAGCAGAUUCUUCCCGAUCUGGACAACGAGUUCAACCAGCGCGUGCGGGCCGUGGUGGAGAAGAGUCGGGAUCACCGGGCCAAGGGCGUCGGUAGCAUGAUUGUGCCGCACCUUUACGUGGUGCGGGAAGACGGCGAGCCGGGCCUGCGCCUCUGGGCCCUGACCAUGCUGGUCGAGGACCGUGCCGACCAGAGCGUCAGCCUGGACCAGUGGAUGGGUACUUUGCAAGAGAAGGUUUGA